CUCAUUUGAAAACCAAAUCAGACUAGGGACCUAUUUAGUGUGAUGGGGCGGAGCGAUAACUAUCGCGCUGGGGCCAACUGCAUCUGCGCACAAUCGCAUUUCCGUCUCCGCCCGGAGACCCUGCAGCACAACCUAUAAUGGCGACUGGGCUAUUAGGUUUGUCCGCUCGCCGCCUUUUGGGGGCAGUGGCGACGCGAGGGUUCCCGGCUGCCCGCGUUCGCUGGGGCUCUGGCUCCUCCAGGGCUGUGGUCACCCCAUCCGCUGUGGCGGGAAAGCGGCCGCCGGAACCGACCAUACACUGGCAGGAGGACCCAGAACCUGAGGACGAAAACCUCUAUGAGAAGAACCCAGACUCCCACGGUUAUGACAAGGACCCUGUUAUAGAUGUCUGGAACAUGCGAGUUGUCUUCUUCUUUGGCUUCUCCAUUGUCAUGGUCCUUGGCGGCACCUUCGUGGCCUAUCUGCCUGACUACGGGAUGCAGGAGUGGGCCCACCGAGAAGCUGAAAGGCUUGUGAAAUACCGAGAGGCCAAUGGCCUCCCGAUCAUGGAAUCCAACUGUUUCGACCCCAGCAAGAUUCAGCUGCCGGAGGAUGAGAACUGACCAGUUGCUGAAUGGGACUCAAGAAGCACCACCUUCCUCACCCCUGCCUGUCAUUCUGUCUUCUCCUCAGAACACCUAAUUAAAGGGACUGAAAGUCU